UUAAAAGGUCCUUGGAUGAGAUACACGGAUCGGAAAGGACACGGGAAUGGGGGAUUGGUUCCCGAUGUGUAUGUGUUCACAGUCCGGGACCGGGAGAGACCAGGGAUCCUUCGCCCUCUUCACCUGGACACGCCCCGGAACCUUCGCCCUCUUCACCUGGACACGCCCCGGAACCUUCGCCCUCUUCACCUGGACACAGCCGGAACUAGUCGGCCGGUGGUUGUCUCAGGCCCACGGCCACGGUCUGCCCCCGGGUCCUGCGGCUGCCCCCGUCACCCUGUCCCGGAGCCGGCCUCGGCCUGUGACCCCCGGCGGCGGACCGAGACCCCGAUCAGCGCAGAGACAGGAGGCCUCUGUGCCCGUUCAGAGCGAACGAUGCAGUGGGGAGCGGGAGAUUAUCCCGAGGGAGGCCGAGCAGGCUCUCCAUGGGCAGCAUCUCUCCAUGGAAGCAUAGAUCACUUUGACGGUUGGGGAUCCCUCAGACACCGGAGGGAGCUCCCCCUCCCUGGAUCUGACACCCUGACGUGUGCAGCUCCGAGAACCGCCGACCCGCAGGCGCUGUGGGCAGAUGCAAACCCAAAGGAAAUUCCACUUAACAUGGCGCAGAGACGCCGCAUCAGGGAGAUGAGUCAGGCCACGAGCGCCAGCGACGGAAGCUGGAAGCAGUGGGAGGACACGCCCCGCAGAUACUUGCGGCAUCUCCAGAGGGAUGUGCGCAAUGCCCUCAGCUACAUCGAGCCCUGGAGGAAUUCACUCCGCGAGAUCGAGGGCCAUUUCGGGACAGGCAUCCGUUCCUACUUCAGCAUCCACCGCUUCCUGAUUGCCCUGAACUUCUGCGUCUCUCUGCUGCUCUUCGCUCUGGUAGUCACCCCCGUCAUCAUCUACACAACCAAGCAGUCUUCUGACGCUGUGAGCCUCCCGGACACUCCAUUACCUCCGGGAAACUGCAGCCGAUAUGAUUACAGAAACCCUGGGCUUGUCAGCUUCUACGAGAUGAUCUUGGAUCUCCUCUCUGGGACGGGGUUCCUGGAAUACUCUCUGUUGUUUUAUGGGUUUUACCCUGUGGAGGGGCAGCACGAGGGGGGUGUUUCCUACCAGACGCCCCUCGCCUACCUCCUCACUGUUGCUGCCUGUUUCCUCCUCACGUUCACCUGCAUUGUGGUCAGGGCAUCUCUGGGUUACAAGCAGAACUACCUGUUGUCUGGCCACUCGCUGACUGACUACAGCCGGAUGGUAUUCUGCGGCUGGGAUUUCUGUAUCUCGCAGCCCAGAGUGGUGUUCCUCCGUCACCGCAGCAUCACUCAGGAGCUGAGGAUGUCCUUGGAAGAGGAACAGAUGCGGAAGGCGCGGGCGGAGAGAUCGCGGCUGCAGAUCUUUCAGCUGGUGGCCGGCCGCCUCCUGCUGACCUCACUCACCCUCCUGAUCAUCAGCGCAGCAUUCUACGCCAUUUACCUGGCCACCGAGUUCUCCCAGAAACCGAAGUCGUCCCCCUCUCAGCAGCGUGGCGGGGUCCAGGAUCUACUGAUCGAAUAUCUACCAUCCAUCGUCAUCACAGCUGUCAACCUGGUCACCCCUCCCCUGUUCCAACUGAUCAUCACCUGGGAAAGAUACAGCACUGCCACCGAAAUCAUACUCACCCUUCUCAGGUGUGUGUUUCUGAAGCUGGCGAGCCUCGGCGUCCUCCUGUACUCCCUGUGGAACCAGAUCACCUGUCACGGACACCCUUACUCCGACCCGCGAUGCAUACACUGUGGGUACAAAUACCAACAGUACCAGUGCUGGGAGACGAAGGUGGGACAGGAGAUGUACAAGUUGAUGAUUUUUGACUUCCUCAUGGCCCUGUCUGUCAUCAUCUUCGUGGAUUUCCCUCGCAAGAUGCUGGUGGAGUUCUCCGGUCUGGAGCUGAUACGGCACUGGGGUGCACAGGAAUUCAUGGUGCCACAGAACAUACUGGAUCUGGUGUACGGGCAGGCACUCUGCUGGACUGGGACCAUAUACUCCCCCCUCCUGCCCCUCCUGCACACCGGCAAACUGAUCCUCCUCUUCCAGCUGAAGAAGCUCACCCUGUUCACGAAUUGUCAGCCCUGCCAACGCAUUUUCCGAUCGAGCAGUACCAUCACCUUCUUCCUCUUGGUGCUGGCAAUGGGCUUCCUGAUCUCGCUCGCACCUCUUAUCUACACGCUCACCUCGAUAUCUCCCUCGAGAGGCUGUGGCCCAUUCCGCCACCUUCAGACCAUCUGGGACGUGGUCCCGGAGGCGGUGAGCCACCUUCCUGACGUCCCUCGCUCCCUUCUGUACUUCCUGGGAUCCCUGGCUUUCCUCGUUCCCCUCUUCGCCCUGUCCAGCAUUGUCCUGCUCUUCCUGGUGGUCCGAGAUGUAGGCUACAAGCGCACCAUCGCCCAGCUGAAAGUCCAGCUUCGACAGGAGGGGCACGACAAGCAAUUCCUGCUGCAGAAAAUCGCUGCCCUCAGCCAUCCUGGCUCAUGAUUCCGUGGAAGAGGACUGUUCCGGAUUGGAGUGAUUCCAACGGUCGUCGGCGUGAUUUGGAGUAGCUCUGUAUUCUGAGAAAUCUAACCCUUCCCUCCAUUGUGCCUAUGUAAAUGUAUCUGCCCCUAGCCCUGUCCCACACCCACCAGUUCUCUGUGUAUAAAACCCACCUCUGACAUCCCUCCACCCCCUAUACUUUCCUCCAAUCAUCUUAAAAUUAUACCCCCUUGAAUUUGCCAUUGCCACCCUGGGAAAAAGUCCACUCAACCAGAGCCUCCUAUCAUCACCUCCUUCACUCCAAAAAGAAAAGCCUCAGCUCCCUCACCCUAUCCCCAUAAAGCAACACUCUAAUACAGGCUCUAAUAAAUCUCCUCUGCAGCCUCUCUGAAGUUCCCACGUCCUUCCUAUAAUGAGGCGAUCUGGCCUGAAGUGUGGUCUAACCAGGGUUUUAUACAGCUGCAAUGUUACCUCACAGUUCUUGAACUCAAUCCUUGACUAAUGAAGGCCAACACACUAUUUGCCGCCUUAACCACUCCAUCAGCUUCGAGCGAUCUACGUAUGCCAAGAAUGCUGCAGUUAACCUUGUACUCUGCUUGCAAAUUUGACCUUCCGAAGUGAAUCAUUUCACUCUUCUGCGGGUUGAACUCCACCCGCUUCUUGGCCCAGUUCUACCUCUUGUAACCCUGAUCACCAACCGGAGUGUGCCCAUCCCUCCAAUCACCAGCUGUUACUGUUGCAACCUUCCGGACUAUCUGCAAGACCACCACCCUGAUUAACCGCGACACGGCCCGCGUUGCCGUCAGUUGAUUAGGUUGCCCUGGUUUUAAACACUGUCUGAUCGCUCCUAACCUGAGAUCAGCCACAGAGUCGAUGCUGACCUGAAGCUGAUGAAGUUAACGAUGCACACGAUGAUAAAUACCGCAAUCAGGUGGAACAGCGCAAAGUGUUUCUGGGCAAACGGAGACACACUUUGAGACACAGUGAUUUAACUGGAACUUAACGUCAGGGCAGUUUGAAUGUAGCCCCCACAGGACCCCAGAUGCCAAGGAACGUAGAAACUUCUUGCAGACGACACCGGAAUUGUGAUAGUGCCUGAUAACCACCGUGCUGAUCUGAUGCCCCGAUAUGGACAGAGGCAAAGUGAGGAGUGCCGUCGGGAAGGCACAGAUGGGGCCGGAGACUGAGAACAGAUAUCUGUUCAGCUUGACAGCAGAACAGCACAGGAACUGGGGCCCUCAGCAUCUCUGCUGAAACACAUGGCAAAUUCAAAUGCAGUUUAACUUGGAUCAGUGCGACGAGUUGCAUUUUGGGACUUUCACAGUGAAUGACAGGGACCCUGGGGAGUGUUGUAGAACAGAGGGACCCUGGGGUACAGGGACAUGGUUCCCUGAAAGUGGAGUCACAGGUAGACAGGGACCCUGGGGAGUGUUGUAGAACAGAGUGACCCUGGGGUACGGGGACAUGGUUCCCUGAAAGUGGAGUCACAGGUAGACAGGGACCCUGGGGGAGUGUUGUAGAACAGAGGGACCCUGGGGUACGGGGACAUGGUUCCCUGAAAGUGGAGUCACAGGUAGACAGGGACCCUGGGGAGUGUUGUAGAACAGAGUGACCCUGGGGUACGGGGACAUGGUUCCCUGAAAGUGGAGUCACAGGUAGACAGGGACCCUGGGGAGUGUUGUAGAACAGAGGGACCCUGGGGUACAGGGACAUGGUUCCCUGAAAGUGGAGUCACAGGUAGACAGGGACCCUGGGGAGUGUUGUAGAACAGAGGGACCCAGGGGUGCGGGGACAUGGUUCCCUGAAAGUGGAGUCACAGGUAGACAGGGACCCUGGGGAGUGUUGUAUAACAGAGGGACCCUGGGGUACGGGGACAUGGUUCCCUGAAAGUGGAGUCACAGGUAGACAGGGACCCUGGGGAGUGUUGUAUAACAGUGUGACCCAGGGGUACGGGGACAUGGUUCCCUGAAAGUGGAGUCACAGGUAGACAGGGACCCUGGGGAGUGUUGUAGAACAGAGGGACCCAGGGGUGCGGGGACAUGGUUCCCUGAAAGUGGAGUCACAGGUAGACAGGGACCCUGGGGAGUGUUGUAGAACAGAGGGACACUGGGGUACGGGGACAUGGUUCCCUGAAAGUGGAGUCACAGGUAGACAGGGACCCUGGGGAGUGUUGUAGAACAGAGUGACCCUGGGGUACGGGGACAUGGUUCCCUGAAAGUGGAGUCACAGGUAGACAGGGACCCUGGGGAGUGUUGUAGAACAGAGGGACCCUGGGGUACAGGGACAUGGUUCCCUGAAAGUGGAGUCACAGGUAGACAGGGACCCUGGGGAGUGUUGUAGAACAGAGGGACCCAGGGGUGCGGGGACAUGGUUCCCUGAAAGUGGAGUCACAGGUAGACAGGGACCCUGGGGAGUGUUGUAUAACAGAGGGACCCUGGGGUACGGGGACAUGGUUCCCUGAAAGUGGAGUCACAGGUAGACAGGGACCCUGGGGAGUGUUGUAUAACAGUGUGACCCAGGGGUACGGGGACAUGGUUCCCUGAAAGUGGAGUCACAGGUAGACAGGGACCCCUGGGAGUGUUGUAGAACAGAGGGACCCAGGGGUGCGGGGACAUGGUUCCCUGAAAGUGGAGUCACAGGUAGACAGGGACCCUGGGGAGUGUUGUAGAACAGAGGGACACUGGGGUACGGGGACAUGGUUCCCUGAAAGUGGAGUCACAGGUAGACAGGGACCCUGGGGAGUGUUGUAGAACAGUGGGACACUGGGGUACGGGGACAUGGUUCCCUGAAAGUGGAGUCACAGGUAGACAGGGACCCUGGGGAGUGUUGUAUAACAGUGUGACCCAGGGGUACGGGGACAUGGUUCCCUGAAAGUGGAGUCACAGGUAGACAGGGACCCUGGGGAGUGUUGUAGAACAGAGGGACCCAGGGGUGCGGGGACAUGGUUCCCUGAAAGUGGAGUCACAGGUAGACAGGGACCCUGGGGAGUGUUGUAGAACAGAGGGACACUGGGGUACGGGGACAUGGUUCCCUGAAAGUGGAGUCACAGGUAGACAGGGACCCUGGGGAGUGUUGUAGAACAGAGUGACCCUGGGGUACGGGGACAUGGUUCCCUGAAAGUGGAGUCACAGGUAGACAGGGACCCUGGGGAGUGUUGUAGAACAGAGGGACCCUGGGGUACGGGGACAUGGUUCCCUGAAAGUGGAGUCACAGGUAGACAGGGACCCUGGGGAGUGUUGUAGAACAGAGGGACCCAGGGGUGCGGGGACAUGGUUCCCUGAAAGUGGAGUCACAGGUAGACAGGGACCCUGGGGAGUGUUGUAUAACAGAGGGACCCUGGGGUACGGGGACAUGGUUCCCUGAAAGUGGAGUCACAGGUAGACAGGGACCCUGGGGAGUGUUGUAUAACAGUGUGACCCAGGGGUACGGGGACAUGGUUCCCUGAAAGUGGAGUCACAGGUAGACAGGGACCCUGGGGAGUGUUGUAUAACAGUGUGACCCAGGGGUACGGGGACAUGGUUCCCUGAAAGUGGAGUCACAGGUAGACAGGGACCCUGGGGAGUGUUGUAGAACAGAGGGACCCAGGGGUGCGGGGACAUGGUUCCCUGAAAGUGGAGUCACAGGUAGACAGGGACCCUGGGGAGUGUUGUAGAACAGAGGGACACUGGGGUACGGGGACAUGGUUCCCUGAAAGUGGAGUCACAGGUAGACAGGGACCCUGGGGAGUGUUGUAGAACAGUGGGACACUGGGGUACGGGGACAUGGUUCCCUGAAAGUGGAGUCACAGGUAGACAGGGAGGUGAAGAAGGCAUUUGGCAUCAGUCAGGGCACUGAGUCUUGUACAGUUGUACAAGAUGUUGGUGAGGCAAGGCCACACUUGGAAAGACAUUUGGUCCGAUACAGGAAUAGGAAAUGGGAAUAGGAGGGAUUUGGGGUGAAUGUGGCUAGAUGAGACUGGCUCAGGAUUUUAAAAUUCCAGGAGGCGCAUGCAGAGUUGUAAUGCCCUGGGAAAGGUUCCACUGCAAAUGUAAUGGUUUCUCUGUAACAGCAGUGUGUUUGGGUUACGACUAGAGAUAACGGGGGUUUGGAAUGUGCGGCGUCCAAUGGGGGGGGUGGUUUUCUUUCUUGUGUGCUGGAGAGCGAGGGGUUACAGCUGUGCGGGGUCAUCUGGGAUUGAUUCCGUUGCAUGCGAUGUGAUUGCCCUGAGCAUUGAACCAGUGGGCUAUGUGUUUAAGUCUGUGCUGGUAUGGAUGCUGCCGGGGUAGAGCGGGUGUGUGCAUCCACGGGUUUACCGGUAACUAAUGAGUGUGUGUGAGAGGGGUGGAUAUUCGUACCCCGGAUGAAUUGCGAUUACGAUUGCGGGGUGGAGGUUUGAUAAGAUGGCGGCCUUAGUUCAGCCUAGUGCUGACGUAACGGUAGUGGAACUGUCGGUGCCCAGGUGAGGCCUGUACAGUGUCAGGGACGAGGAGAAGCGAGCUGGCCGGGGGCGGAGGCUUCAGAGACAGGGUGCUAUCGUUUCUGAGGAGGGAGGGGAAGGAGUGGUCGGAUUUGGAAUGUCUAAUUCCCCCAGUGAAGAGGGAGAGUUCUGAGCUGGCCUCAGCCCUUACCUCUGGUGAAUGUGGCCCAGUGCACAGGCAGAGUCCCCACCGGAAGCUAAGAACGUUCUGUGGAAUGACGCCCACAGCAGCGUGAGACACGUUGUUGGAUGAGUGGCGGUGCUCUGUUGAUGUAAAGCGACAGCGAUUUGGAGUUUGAGGGGUCGGGAUGCUGACGUGGUGAAGUCAAGUGUCCACGGAUAGCCUGGCCCGGGGAGUGGCCGAGUUGAGAACUGAGAUGUCCUGAUUGUUAUCAGUGGGUGUGACCCCCCCCUCCAUGUGAUGGAGCUGAUUGGGGGGGGGGGGGGAAUCCUCUAAAAGGACGAAGCGUGGGAGAGCGUUCCUGCCCGGGGGUGAAGGCCCUGUGUCAGUUUGCCAUCACCAUGAAGGCAGAGGGAAAGGAGGGGCAGGAUCGAGCGGUGGAUCAAUUGGGGGCUUCUGAUGACGCCAUCUCCCAAGUUCACUGUAAGCCGACUGCUCUGAUGACAAACCAGCUGCUGGAAUUGAGUUCUGGGGAAGUGGCAGCCGCUCAGUGAGAUGACCCGGGCAUCGGUACCAUCUGGUCAGUGGUCGAGAAGGGAGACUCGGUUCUGACGGAGAAGACAAAACACACGGCGGUGCCUCCAUUACUGAGAGAAUGGCCUCGGUUGGAGAUGUGGAACCAGAUCCUAUACUGGGUCACAUCACCUCUGGACCGACCUUGACGUCGCCAGCUGGUUCUGCCAGAGCAGUAUCGGAGGAUUGUGUUGAAAUCACUUUAUGAUGAUUCUGGACGUUUGGGGGUUGAAAAGACCGAUGGAUUGCUCAGAGACCGGUUCUACUGACCCUGAAUGAAGUUGGAGGUCGAAGAAUAUUGCAAGUCGUGCAUUCGAUGCAUACGGAGGAAGAUGCUGCCUACGAGGGCAGCUCUCUUGUCCCACUUGCAGAGUGCGGGGCCCCAGGACCUGGUGUGUACGGAUUUCCUGUCCAUAGAACCUGAUACCAGCAACAUGGCGAAUGUCUUAGUCAUCACGGACCACUACACCAGAUAUGCUCAGGCUUUUCCUACCAAGGACCAGAGGGCAUCCACGGUGGUCAAAGUGUUUUGGGAGAAGUAUUUCAUCUUUAUGGCCUCCCCAGGCGGAUCAGGGACGGGAUUUUGAGAGCAGACUCAUUCAUGAGUUGCUGUACGUGCUUGGAGUCGAGGAGUCAAGGACCACUCCCCAUCUUCCACAGGGUGAUCCCCGGCCUGAGAGGUUUAAUUGGACCUUGCUGGACAUCCUCAGGACCCUGGAGAUCAGCAGGAAGAGCAGGUGGAGUCGACAUAUUGGACAUCUGGUCCACUGCUACAACUGUACCCGAAAUGAAGCUACGGGGUUCUUGCCAUACUAUCUGAUGUUUGGGCGCGAGGUGAGGUUGCCCGUUGACCUUGUUUUGGGACUGACAUGGGUGACUUACCACUGAAGACUUACCUGAAGUAUGUGUCUGACGUGAGAAGAGAGCUGAAAAGUGCUUAUGAAUUAGCCGAGGUCACAGCAGCCAAGCAGAAUCAAGGCAAUAAGAGAAGGUACGAUCAAGAGGUGAGGUUCUCCCAACUCCUGCUGGGAGACCGAGUCCUCGUGAGGAAUCUGGGGCUUACCUGGGAGGCACAAGUUGGCUGACUGCUGGGUGCGCCCUGUGUGGUGGAGAGUCGGGAUUUCCGUGUGAAACCAGAGGAUGGGAAUGGGCCUGUCAACCACCUUCUGCCUGUGGGACAAGAGGAGCAGGUUGUCCCAGAGCCCGACCUGGAGCCGACACCGAGUAAGAGGACUCCGCAGUGAUGCGUAGCGACUGCACGACCAACAGCAGGAGAGGUUAGGCCGGCCCCCAUCGUUGAGACGGAAACUGAGAGGAGGAGGACUUGGAUCUGUGGUACAUGCCACCUUUCGCCAACUCCCCAUUGAUUGGGGAAGAGACUCCCGGCCCUUCCCCCAUUGAGACAGGUGAAGUGGGGGUGGGGGGCGCUAUCUGUGGGCAGCCUGGGUUGCAACGGGACCCUGCAGGGGAUGGAGUGGGGCUUGGCCACGGGACAGAGGGGUCCGAGUUGCAGGUGGGCACAAGUGGGAGGCCGGGGGAGGCCUCGCCAGGUAGACCAGAAGUAUCCCCAGUAGUGUCGGAACAUGAAGAGGUAGCUGCGGGGGAGCGUAGGUCUCGGAGAAUUAGGAGACCACCGGAUAGGUUGGCCUAUGUAGCACUGGGGGAACAGAGUAUGGCCCCCACCGUUCUGGAGAGCUACAUCACUGCCUUUCACACCUGGGUUGGACUUUGUGUUUUACAGGAAGGGUUGGCGAGACAGAGGACAUGACUGAAUUUGGUGAGGGAGAGUGUAACACCCUGGGAAAGGUUUCACAGCUAAUGUAAUGGUUUCUCUGUAGCAGCAGAGUUUGGGUUAUGACUAGAGAUAACGGGGCUUUGGAAUGUGCGCGGUCCAGUGGGGGGAGUGGUUUUCUUUCUUGUGUGCCCCAGCGUGAGGGUUCGUGGGUGUUUGUUUGGUGGAAGAUGAAGAGAAAAGAGGCCAGGAAGGAGUGGACUUGGAAUGUGGUCGGGAGUCGAUGACGCCCGGGGGAAAUCGAUCGAGAACGAACAGAGGGGAAACCGUGAGGUCCAACAUGUGCUUUAGACAGUUCCAUUAAAAUGGACCCUUUCUCUUUUUGUUUUCUUUACUAUCCCUUGAGUCAAAUUAAGAAUUAUAAAGCUCAAUCGUUUAAUUGCA